GCACUCCUGUUGGCGCUAUCAACGGACACACUCACCGACUUGGAAUGCGUUUCCGCGCAUCUUCCUGACGCAACCUGUGUUUGCAUCGAUGUCGACGCGCAUUUUCCUGCCGUGGUGUCAUCAGCAAGGCUCGUCUUCCGUGCGCCAACCACAUCGACCACUGCAUCGUCCAUCAAGGAACAUUUAAACGACUUCCCUGGAAACUUCACCUUCAGUGGGCACUCGAGCAGCACUUUCGGCAUGGCCCGUAACUCUUGCUUGUGUCCUGUGCAGGCUGCUAUCGCACUCCUGUUGGCGCUAUCAACGGACACACUCACCGACUUGGAAUGCGUUUCCGCGCAUCUUCCUGACGCAACCUGUGUUUGCAUCGAUGUCGACGCGCAUUUUCCUGCCGUGGUGUCAUCAGCAAGGCUCGUCUUCCGUGCGCCAACCACAUCGACCACUGCAUCGUCCAUCAAGGAACAUUUAAACGACUUCCCUGGAAACUUCACCUUCAGUGGGCACUCGAGCAGCACUUUCGGCAUGGCCCGUAACUCUUGCUUCUGUCCUGUGCAGGCUGCUAUCGCACUCCUGUUGGCGCUAUCAACGGACACACUCACCGACUUGGAAUGCGUUUCCGCGCAUCUUCCUGACGCAACCUGUGUUUGCAUCGAUGUCGACGCGCAUUUUCCUGCCGUGGUGUCAUCAGCAAGGCUCGUCUUCCGUGCGCCAACCACAUCGACCACUGCAUCGUCCAUCAAGGAACAUUUAAACGACUUCCCUGGAAACUUCACCUUCAGUGGGCACUCGAGCAGCACUUUCGGCAUGGCCCGUAACUCUUGCUUCUGUCCUGUGCAGGCUGCUAUCGCACUCCUGUUGGCGCUAUCAACGGACACACUCACCGACUUGGAAUGCGUUUCCGCGCAUCUUCCUGACGCAACCUGUGUUUGCAUCGAUGUCGACGCGCAUUUUCCUGCCGUGGUGUCAUCAGCAAGGCUCGUCUUCCGUGCGCCAACCACAUCGACCACUGCAUCGUCCAUCAAGGAACAUUUAAACGACUUCCCUGGAAACUUCACCUUCAGUGGGCACUCGAGCAGCACUUUCGGCAUGGCCCGUAACUCUUGCUUCUGUCCUGUGCAGGCUGCUAUCGCACUCCUGUUGGCGCUAUCAACGGACACACUCACCGACUUGGAAUGCGUUUCCGCGCAUCUUCCUGACGCAACCUGUGUUUGCAUCGAUGUCGACGCGCAUUUUCCUGCCGUGGUGUCAUCAGCAAGGCUCGUCUUCCGUGCGCCAACCACAUCGACCACUGCAUCGUCCAUCAAGGAACAUUUAAACGACUUCCCUGGAAACUUCACCUUCAGUGGGCACUCGAGCAGCACUUUCGGCAUGGCCCGUAACUCUUGCUUCUGUCCUGUGCAGGUGAGUGCACUUCUGAGUGGUGCCAUGGAGUGUCCGGACCUGGCUCGUCGACUGGGCUCGACUCCCGAGCCUCGGGAGAGCGAGGACGACUGCUCCGCCGGUGUAGCCGCAUGUGACCCCCUGGCGGCGACUGACUGCUUGGGCGGGGAUCGGUGGCACGACUGCUGCUCCUGCUGCCUGUCUGCGGGAAUGCUGGGCUCUUCUUCUCUCACAGCUUGGGGUGACGGCGGGUGCUCCGGCUGCGGAGAGCCUUCUUCUUCAUCCAACGUCAGCCCGACCCAUGCGCCCUGCUCGUCCAGUGCAGACCGCUACCCAACAUGGCGGCUGUCUGGUGGCCGUCGCGUCGGCUGGCGUUGGUACGUGGCCGUGUGCGCACUGUCCUGGCUGUGCUACGCAAACGCACUCGGCUGCGGAUUCGUCUUCGACGACGCAUCGGCUGUGCGGGACAACCGGGACCUACGGCCGUCGACGCCCAUUGGCAGCCUGUUUGCAAACGAUUUCUGGGGAACACCCAUUCACAAGGAGCAGAGCCACAAGUCCUACCGGCCGCUGUGCGUGCUCACCUUCCGGCUCAACUACUGGCUGCAUGAGCUGCGCCCCAUGGGAUACCACUUGGGAAACGUGCUUCUCCACUCGAUCGUCUGCGUGCUCUUCCUCAGGGUCUGCUCCAUGGUGGUCCCUGUCAAGGCCAGUGUCGCCGCUGCUCUACUCUUCGCUGUUCACCCUGUGCACACCGAAGCGGUGACUGGGGUGGUUGGCCGAGCCGAGUCCCUCUCCUCUGUUUUCUUCCUGCUCGCCUUCCUGGCCUACAACAGAGCCAUCGACGGCUCCAAACGCACUGAGUGGCGCCCUCUGGCGGCGUGCGUGGUCCUGGUGGUGGUGGCAACGCUCUGCAAGGAGCAAGGUAUCACCGUGGUCGCCGUCUGCUUCAUCUACGAGAUAUUCGUCGUUCAGGAGGUUCGUCCCCACCACGUGAUUCGGGGCCUUCGUUCCCUGUCCGGGAGCGCAGUAUGCGGUUCCCCGUCGUCGACCAAGUCUUCAUCCGUAGCACCGCCUUGCGGCUGGCUGCGGCAUUGCGCGCAGCGCAUCGGCGCACUCUCCCUUGGCGCAUUCCUGCUCCUGGCCGUCAGACUGCACAUCAUGGGUGCUCAGCUGCCCGUGUUCACCAAGUUCGACAACCCAGCGGCCGUGGCGCCCAGCCCCGUGCGACAGCUGACGUUCCACUACCUGCCGGCGGUGAACGCGUGGUUGCUGCUGUUUCCUCACGCGCUCUGCUGUGACUGGACGAUGGGCAGCGUGGCCCUGGUGCGCUCCGUGGCUGACCCGCGGAACGCGGCCACGCUGUCGCUGUACGGGGCGCUGGCUGCGCUCGCCUACGUGGCGCUCUUCCCUGGCCGCCGCGCGCGCCCCGCGGACGACCAACAGAACGUCAUCUUCCUGAGCCUAUCCCUGCUGGUGUUUCCCUUCCUGCCGGCGUCCAACCUGUUCUUUCCCGUGGGCUUCGUGGUGGCUGAGCGCGUCCUGUACAUGCCCAGCAUGGGCUUCUGCCUCCUCGUCGCACAUGGCUGGCACACGCUGAUCAAGAACUAUGCCGACAGUCGGCUGACCAAGAACUUCUUGUGGUUCGGGCUCCUCCUUCUCCUCACGACGCACUCCUUGAAGACAUUCGUGCGCAACUUUGAAUGGGAGUCCGAGUACAGCAUCUUCAUGGCAGGUCUCAAGGUGAACAGCCAGAACGCCAAGCUGUACAACAACGUGGGCCAUGCCCUGGAGGGACAGGGGGAUUAUGCCCAAGCACUCGAGUACUUCCUCAAAGCCGCCAGUGUGCAGCCUGAUGACAUUGGUGCUCACAUGAAUGUCGGGCGCACAUACAACAACCUGCUGAUGUUUGAAGAAGCGGAGACCGCCUUUAGGAAGGCCAAGGAUUUGCUACCUCGACCAAAGCCAGGCGAGCCAUACAAGGCCCGAAUAGCUCCGAAUCAUCUCAAUGUCUUCCUGAAUUUAGCAAACCUCAUAUCAAGGAAUAGUUCACGUCUUGAAGAAGCUGAUGGUUUGUACCGCCAGGCAAUCAGCAUGCGUGUAGAUUACAUCCAAGCAUACAUAAACCGGGGAGAUAUCCUUAUCAAACUCAACAGGACCAAAGAAGCACAGGAGGUCUAUGAGCGAGCACUUUCACUGGAUGCCACAAACCCCGACAUCUUCUACAAUCUUGGUGUUGUGUUCUUGGAGCAAGGCAGGCCAGGUGAUGCCCUCAUGUACUUCAACAAGGCCUUGGAGUUGGAUCCUGAUCACGAGCAAGCGCUGAUGAACUCUGCCAUUCUCAUUCAAGAAAGUGGGAACUCAAAGCUCCGUCAGCUGGCAUUUGAAAGACUGGAGCUGUUGCUUCGCAAGGGCAAGGCAAAUGAGCGCGUCUACUUCAACCUUGGCAUGCUCUCCAUGGAUGACAAGAAGGUGGAAGAAGCAGAACGAUGGUUUCACUCGGCCAUACAAGUCAAAGCUGACUUUCGUAGUGCCUUGUUCAACCUGGCCCUCCUUUUAACUGAUUCAAACAGGCCACUGGAUGCUGUUCCACACCUUCAAAAGCUUCUUCAGUCCCACCCAGACCACAUUAAAGGACUCAUCUUGCUGGGUGACAUCUACAUCAACCACAUAAAGGAUCUGGACAAAGCACAACAGUGCUACGAACGCAUCCUGUCCCUGCAGCCCGACCAUGUUCAGGCGUUGCACAACCUGUGCGUGGUGCAAGUCGAGAGGGGUGCACUGUACCAGGCUGAGGCCUGCCUCCUGCGAGCCCUGAAGCUUGCACCGGGCGAGAGCUACGUUGCCAAGCAUUUGGCCAUCGUGCGCAAUCGCAUACGCAAGUAUCAAGAGCAUUUGAGGAAAGCAGGCACGCGUUCUGCAUCCUCGAGUGUACCACCCACUACAUCAUCAUCUUCGAAACGUGCAGCGCAAAGUUCCAGCAAAGCAACAUGAAAGCAGUGCUGAAACCCAUGAGCAAGUGUUGUUUGUGCCAAAUGUCAGUGCAACUGCAUACGGAGAGCUGUUUUUACAGGAGCUAUUGCUGGCAGAUGAACUGUCAAAAUUGGUGCAUGUGUUUUGAAUUUUUUGUAUGGUGGUAGUAGGGUUACAGCUGCAGAUUUUUGUUGCAUGGAAUUUUAUUGCGUAUAUGAAAUGUGUAAAUCGAAGCAUCAGGUAUGCACGCUGCACCCAACAUGUGCUCUGUUUGGCCUUUUGAGUGAGUUGAUGCAGCUGAGUUGCUUAAUUCCAAUUUUAUUUUGGCACAAAAAGCAAGCAGUGCACCUAAACAUAGCGUGAAGCUACACGUACUGUGAAAAGCAACUUCUCUGCAAAAUUUUAGUGCAAAUUAGGCAGUUAGAAGAGUCAUGUAUACCUAAUGCUCCUGUUUACUGUGGUCAUGAACGGACCAUAUGUCCUUCAUUUAUAUACAUGGCAAUGACAUAAUUAACGUGGGAUGGCAUUAGCUGUGAUUAGCACCUGCAAGGGCUGCUUGGCCUUGUUCAUAAUCAUGUGUGCCUGACACGUAUUUAGCCAUGGCAGAAAUGUUUGCCUGACCGAACUGUAUAUAGCAAAAGUGAUGAUAUAUGGGGCAGUUUCAUUGUUAUGGCAGGAAAAUAAGAUGGCAAUGGCUGUUGUGGUCUGAAGGCGAGAAAUAUGCAUGAAGCUGAGGCUCUCCAAAUUGCAGGUGAUUGCCUUCAUGUUGGCUAUGAGGUAACAUGAUGAAAAGGAGUCUAGGUAAUCCAUCUACACAUUCACAUUGUUUGUAUAUAGUUCUUGAUUGUAAUGAGAGACACACCAUACAUCACACCUUUCUUGCUUUUCUACAUUAACCAACCUGUUUCAGCAUAACAACUUACACUAUACACACACAUAUAUAUAUAUAUAUAUAUAUAUAUAUAUAUAUAUAUAUAUAUGUAUCAAUGUUAGCAAGAGCAGCUAGAACAUAUCAGUGGUAAACUUAUGAGGCAACUUAUGGUUUCACAGAUGAUUGUGCGUAAUGGUGAUAACUUGAGAGGAGCGAAAUGGGAGAAACGAAGCACAGACAGUGCCUGUCCACAAGGCAGGCACUUUGGUUUGUCUUGUACAGUGUAAAAUAGCCAUAAAUUAUGGCAGCAAGGCGAUGCCCUUUAUAUUUUUGAGAAGUCACCUUGUACACCAUACGCGAGGUGCAGGAGAUGAAAUGUGCAGGCAUAAUGUAAAGCAAGGCCUAUCUGCACACUUGCAACUUGUUAGCAUAAUGUAUAUAUAUAUUCAAAAAGAGACUCUUGCACCAUACAUAGAAUCUUUCGUGACCACAGUUGCUACUGUAAAGAGACUGCACAGCUAGCUCUCCUUUAGAACACACAAGAAAAAAAGAAGCCUCUGAAAACAUGUACUUAAAGAGAUUUAUUUAUCCACAUGUAGAAGUGUUCGCUGUGUCAGGACGGUGUGAGGAGUCAAGAGUAAUUCAGUGAAAUGGAAUAAACUACUGCUCCUGGCAGUGUCUACACUUGGGACCACAUUGGCUUUGUGGCUGACUUACGGUGGAAGUUUGUAACAGAUCAAAUGUGUUGGCUUUAUGCUGUCAAAAAAUUAAUGUGGGAUUGUUAUUUAGCAAAUUCAUUUCUCAGUGCAGGAACUGAGGUUUUCUGUAGUGCUCUUUUUAUUUAAGUCGGCAGCCUAGCAUGACAUAUCACUCACAGCAUUGUCAGUCUUUUGCAAAACUUGAGAAUUAUCAUCAGUGCCAAGUUUCUCAUAUCACUUCCUAACAUUGCAUCCACACAUCAGGAAUAGCCAUAAUGAGCAUUUCAAAUUUCUUUAAAGAAUAUGUUAUGUGGAAAGGUUGAUUUCACUUUCCUGAAGUUAUCUUUUAUUACUUAGGUGCUGGGAUAUCAAUCUUGUGCAUAGGCUGUGCUUUCUCUGCUUUUAUUUUAAAAACGGAAGUCAUAGUGAUUUGCAGAGUCACUCAUGACUUGCUUAACCGGUAGGCUUUGUCUGUAUUGUUUAUUAUGUAAGAAACGUAAUGUAGAUGAUUUCAUACUGUUUCAACAAUUUUUUAUGAGAUGGUGUCCUGCAUCUUUUUCAGUAGAGAUUUUCAAUGUGAACAAAAAUUAAAGCACACAUAUGACAAGAAAACCAGGCAAAUCAUGUUAUUACCCAGUAUGGCUAUUCUUGUGCUGUUUUUGCAGCUUUAGUAUGCAUCCAAAAAAGUUGAGGUUAAAUGCGGAUGGUGCAGAGUGUUUAUCUUCAUCUCCAUUCAAUUUUUUUGACGUUUAGGUUCAUAACAGUAAAAUAUACAGUUGUGUGGAACUGAAUUUUCUACUAAGUACAGUUAUCUAUCAAAAAAUGUAUUUUCAGCUACUCAUAGCUGGAACUAUGCUGUCAAAACUACUAUAAUCCACAAAACACACCAUUUCUUUGUCUAAGAGGUAGUAUGUGAGCUACUGAAGCCAGUUGCCUGUUGAGUUGAAUUUGAGUGAGUAGUGCUUCAGUCCUGUGUGAUACAAAAAAUGUCUUGAUGUGUUUUUCUUGUAGCUACAACAUUCCAUGCAGAAGCAGUGCAAUUCCCAUGAGUAUUUUAAAUGAACAUAAUUUUACCUGUUCUCUUGGUGCAUGUUGCAGAAUGAAUCAUGUUCUAUUUUGUGGUGUUUUGGCUGCUCACUUUCUUAAACUUAUUAUGUUUACAUUAGAUACCUACUCAUUCCCACAAAUUUGUUUCAAAUGUGACAAAGCUCAACUACUACUUUUCACAGUAGUUUAUUUGGUUUUCACUAAGUUGUAAACUUUAACUGCCUCACAUAUUUUAAUGCACUGAUUUGUAAUUUUUGUAAAAUCCAUGAGAUCCCAAAUUGAAAUUCUUGUUCGAGGAGUUCGGAGAGCUUAUAUUUCACUCUCAAAUGCACCACAUUUUAUUCAAGUUCAUUCAGAGGUUGUCUGAUGAGAGCACUUAUGCUUUUCACAUGUAUUGGAAGAAGGAAAUCAACGUUACUUGUAAGAUAAAGCUUCUUUUUAAGAAGUGCACUGCAUAGAAUUCACGCAUGAGUGCACAAUGCUUAGUGGCAUGCUGCAGGCUUAGGUGGCAAGACAUCCGAGCUUUUUUUGUUACUUCUACCAGUCCAUGAGCUUUUGUGGACAGGCCUGCUUGCUUGUAAGUGGGAGAGGGGUCUAGAAUACUAGCUACUGGAUGCAUAUAGCAGGUAAAGGACUUGUGGUUCUACAAUGCUCACAUGUUCUACAUAUAGCAGUUUGCAUUCAUUGCAUAUGCAUGAAGGAUUAUUAGGCUACCACCCCGUAAAGCACUUGUAAUGUAUGAUAUGUGGCUCCAAACUCUGGUAUCUGUGAAUAAGCAACAAAUAGUCACAGCUAAAUUUGUGCUCUGGCAAAAUAAUGCUGCACCUUCUUAGGCUCCUUGAAAAAGUUUUUAUUUAUUUACUCUUCUCGGGGAAGGGAAGAAAAAAUAAUAUGGAAAUGGCUUUUGGCAAAUGCUAAAUACUACCUUUGUAACUUCCCAGACAACAACGCAAAGGCAUCCUCAGUAAGUCUCUGGGAUGUCGGCAUCAGGACAUUCAUAUAUCCUAAGGAUGUCCUGUACUAAUCCUAAAAGGCUCCUGAUCAAGUCCAUUUGUCUGUCCCUAGUAGAUACUGAGGACAUAGCAGGUACAUAAUUUGAGGACCAUUUUAGGAUGAUGUCGGAACACGUUCCAAUGCACUAAUGUUUGACACUGUAAUUAGAGGACAAUUAAUUAUUUAAAUUGGGUUAAUAAAUGCUUGAUGUGGCUUGAAUAUGAGAACCCAUAUUGUAGUGCUCCGUUUUGAUGUUUAUAUGCUUUCAUGUGCUCUAAAAGCUCUGAAAUCUUGCGCUUUUCUUUCUUGCCAUCGUUAAAAAGCAGUUUGGUAUCAAUUGAACUACCUCAGGUGCAGCAUCACCUAUAUCACAGCCUUUGAAAUCUGCUUUUGCCACUUCAAGAAAACCGUCUGUGGUAGUUGUGCUUUGGAUACCAUGACCAAUCAUAAUAAUGUAAUAAUAAUAAUAAGAAGAAGAAGAAGAAGAAGAAGGAAAAUGUUUAAAACGAAAUAGAGUACAAAUAAACAUUUUUUUUUUUUUGCAGGUCUCCAUUUGUAUUUUGUCAUGGUUGUAUACCAAAUUUCGUUUGGGCAAGCAUGAAGCUCCCAAAUAAACAUCUGGAAGCAACGUCCUGAGAAUAUCCUGCUGAGGGUAUUGCUCGGAUAUAUGUCAAGUUAGGUUCGCAAUAAGUCCAACAGUAGAUAUAUGUCUAAAAUUCAUCGUGGGCGUUACUGUGGACGUCCUCAGUACGUCCCAUAAAAAGCUAGGACGUUCGGAUCUUUCCGGGACAUCCACAGGAUGGUUUGUGUUGUCUUGGUUGGUUUCAGAGGGAGGAAAGAAGUUGCAGCAAUGAAUUUAGCAAUCUAAAAGCUGGCUCAUGUUCAUUUUUCAUGGAACCCUAGGAAGAGGAUGUAGUUUCAGUUUUUCAGGCUAAGCAUGUAUGCUCGAUAACACAUACUUAUUUAAUGGCAAACUUUUCUUUAUUAGUCAGAAGAUCAUAUGCUAUUUAUGGCAGAAGUGUGCAACACUGGGCUAGUUGGUUUGGCAUGAUCUAUAAAAAGGUUAAAACAGCGCAAGAAUGACGACACACAGAAGAAGAAACACACACCACAGGCGCUGACUAACGACCGAAGUUUAUUGUGGCGCAUUGCUAUAAAAGGAAAAAGGGGGGGGGGGGGGGGGAAACGACCGACACGUGACCAGCAAGCUGUUGGCGCAUGGUAAACAGGCAGGGUGAAAGACCAAUCAAACUAAAGAGCAUGCUCAGAAAGAUGGAAUAUGGCAGCACACUUUGAAACAAUGAAAAAACACAGAAUGAACAACCAAGAGCGCUGUCUUGUUUGUACAUUCUGUGUUUCAUUGUUGUCUUGAAGUGCUCUGCCAUAUUCCGUUCUCACUAGCCCACCAGUACAGUGUCUUAUGCUCUGAAACAUGUGCGCUGAUUUGUUAUGCACUUUCAAGGUAGCUAAUCUCUUUUUCACUGAGUGCAAAGGCCUGAGCUAUCAGGCAGCCGUAUGCACCUUUAUAAUGCCUGGCACUUUUCAAAGUCCAGAAUGCAUGCACUGCAAUUGUUAGUCAGCACCUGUAGCGUGUGUUUCUUGUUCUGUGUACUGCUGUUCUUGCGCUGUUUUCACUUUUUUAUAUAUCAUGCUAUUUAUGGUCUUGCAUGUUGAGUUGGUUUCUGAAAACCUGCUCUGGAAGCUGAACUUGACAGUCUCAUUUUUAAAAGCAAGGAAAAGCAACAUCCUGGUAGCAGCUGUUGAAUUGAAGAGCAACACUAAAUCAGCUAAGAUAUUCUUUCAACAUAUUAUUGUCAUUCAUCUGGUGGAGGCCCCUUUUUGUAAUUUGCACGGGAACCCCACUGCUGGCAUGUCGGCAUGAAAUCACAGAUUGUAGCUGCUUUGACACAAGAAAAACUUGGAAUGGCUGGGUCGACUCUCUAGUUACCUUAUAAAUGCAACGUAGUCUUUAUUUUACUGGUAAACAGCCAACUACACCCGAGUAGAACCUAUCAAAAUUAAUGAUGUUGCAACAAGCUGGUGUGGCAACUUGUGCAGGAACAAGCUGGUGUUCCACUGGUCUUUCAUUCUUGCAUUGUUUCUGGCUUACCAAGCCCCCUCUCACAAUAAAGUGGCUGCUAUGAUAUUGCACAAGCAUAGUUGUCUAAUACAGUUUGACUUAUUAUUUUUCUGUGAUGUCUUUUCAAAGGCAAAAAUAAGGCAUACACAACAUUAUUGGAUUUCUCCCACCCUAAAUAUUUUGUUUCUGGCAUGUUUGCUGUGGUGGAACUAGAAUACUGUUUAGCAACACCAAUCUUAAAAGGUGAGAUUGAGCAGCCAAUAUUUUAGUGUGAUCAACAAGGGAUGUUGCUAAAGCCAAUAUUUCAACAAGGGUGUUGAAACGUUGGCUCUAGCCUGAGACCCACCGUUGAUUGUAUGUGUUUCGUUCGGAUCUCAAGCUUUUAGAGCAGCGAAAAGUAUGUUAGAGGCUGUGUUAAUAAUUACACUUCAUAUCAGCAAGCCCACACACCACAUUAUUUCUUGUUUCCAUGUGGUAGUUCUGGCAGGAUAACGCUUGAAGCUCUUUGAUUCAUUUAUCGCACCCGCAUGUAUGGAUUUCAUCGUUGUUUUAUAAAAUGUUCAAUGCUGUUAUAUGAUGAAUGUGGCACUUGACUGUUUGUUUUGUUGUGCUGAUGUUGGCAAGUAUUGUUGUUGCAUAUCUUUAAAGCUUAUGUUGAUGGCUAUUACUACUGCACGAUAAAGACUAUUGCAUUCCCAAUUUUUUUGGUUUUAAGUUUCGAUACUGGCAUAGGUGAAUGUAUCUCCCCCUGCAUUAGUCAAAAUUUUUGUGCACCCAUUCUUUCCAAUAUAAAAUGGUUAUCGAAUGUUGGAGUAUGGAAACUGAGAAAGCUCGGAAUUACUCCAGCUGCACAUCUUUUCUAUUCUUUUUUCAAAGUAUGCAAGCCUUUGAGCAGCCAGGUGCAAGUUUCAUUUACUGCUUUAUCACUGUGAUUUCACAUCAUGGUGACCGUCAGAUCAGCACUAAUAUUUUAAAAGUGGCUGUGAAUGGGUGAAAACAUUUUAAAGAGCCCCUCACCAAGGCCCCAUUUCAAACUUUAGUUAUACACUGGAAGUUCUAAAACCCUGUCUAGGGUCCGGAUCGCUCCACCAAAACAAUAUUUCAUAUCGGUUUGUUAUUGGAGGAGAUAGAGGAAACUGAAUGCCCUGUUACCAUACCUCUAGGAGGUGAGCGUCACUGUCAACAGAGACACUCUCUGCCUCAAGUAGAAUCCGCAAGCAACACUCCGUUCCCGCCUUCUCCGAUGGUGGAGCCGAGGGACCGCGUCAGUUUCACGUGGCAAGCCCCGCCUCUUAUUUUUUUUCUUCUCUUCCUUUUUUUUGCUGCAUGGUGCAUUUACGGUGGCAGCAUUGUUUCUUCCACAUUGGACGAUUGACCAAAGUAACCUGUCAUGGUGAAAGAUGUUGCUAGCACCGCAUUUUACAUCACGGCAUUUGUACAUGUCACCUCGACUCUCUAGCUGGGAGCUUUCUCGAGAAGGAGGACGUGCAGCGUUUUGUUUUAAAUGUCUGCAGUUCUUGUGACACACAGCGCUAUAAUACUUUGCAGACCCGAUCGUCGGUGUGUGAAGUGUGCGCUGCACUUGUCUGUUUAAAAUGGCCAAACCUGAUAAGGAGCCCUUUAAAGGCAGCUGAUAUGAAGAGCAAGUAUGAGUAUUUGUUAAGAAAAAUGCAGACUACAUUGUAGAUAUGCCUUUGGUGCUGGCUUUGUGAAUCAAGGUAUUGUUUUCCACAUGAAUGUUGCUGUGCGAUAUAUUACAUUUCUCAACAUGUCACAAGUGCUAUAAGAUAUGGCAUACAUCCGUUACAACGAUGGAGCUGAGCUAUGCAUUGAGUGCCAUGUGUGCACAUACUGCAGUUCUGGAUUUGUUCUCAAGGAAAGUAUGCAAUCUAUGCUGCAAUUAAUGAACAUGAUCCUUACAAGGUUUGUCCAAUGGUGUGCAGUUUCAUUCAAUCUUUACACAACUAUGGUAUGUAUACAUUGAUAUCUCUACUGUUUUUUGACAUAAUCCCAAGUAACUGCAACACAUUUUCUGACUGGUGUAUAAGCUUCUGUACUCAUGCAAUGUGAACCUUUUUAGAUGGUCCCGGAACCAUAAAACAAUGGCACAAUUUGUUUCACUAUCCACUUUCUUGAAACUAAUGUCUUCCAGACCAUGGACCGGCAAGAGAAAAACCAUUUACAGAAAAUAGGCUGGGUGCAACAGUUGCACAUUUUCUGGUGCUUGUCACAGCUGUUCAUUAGAAAACUUGGGGAAUAUUGUUGCUGAUCGCCUUUUCUUUAUAUUGAUAAUUCCCUAAUUUCCUUCUAGUGCACUUUGAUGUGGGGCAUAAAAGAUUUGUUGUAUUUAAAAGGUAAACACAUAUCUAUUGUUGGUAUUGUAUUUACCCUAUAUGUGAGAUAAGGAUUGGUUGUUGUUCUUGUCAUUUAUGUCAGACCCAAAGUAGUAAAUGGGACCAAACUAUAGACCUUACAGAGAAUCUUGUCAUUGUGAGCAUCUUGAACAGUGCACAUUUUCUUUUUUCUGUUUUCCAUAGGCUCUGAAUAGAUGACCCUUUCCAUAUAAUAAGUAGUCCUGUUGGUGUACAAAGCUUCUUGUGCUUCUUGCAUUUCCACGGGCUUGGCAAAAUUUUGUGGGCACAUCAUUGUGGGCACUAAAAAUUGGAGAUGUGUUUAAUAGUUCUUGGCCUUGUGUGCUUUAGUCAUUAGGAAAUACAUACAUUGCACAAUGCAUUGCGAACAUAGUGUCAAAACAUAUGCAUCCGGUACAGGAGCAAACCCAAGGUAGCCUCCAAGGACGCGGGGCUCAUCAAAGCAUACACAGACUGGGAGGGGGGGGGGGGGGGCUGGAGGAGGGCACCACUGCAUGCUCAAUACUGUCAGCUGGUAUGUUUCCUCAGGAAGGGUGGGGGCGUGGAGUUGAGCCCGCAGGGUCCAGCCCCCUGUGGAUCCGCUAGUGAUUGGUUCGUAACCUAGUGAGGGUAUACCAUUUAACAAUUCUUACUGUAUUGUUGCCUGUAAAGUCAAGUCCAUAUCACUGAUGAUAAUCACAUCACCAGAAAAUUUUGCUGAAGGAAAACAAUAAUGGGACUGCAGCCUUACUUUCAGCAGUGCUAUCAUGAAUCGUAGUUCGAUUGAAUGUUAGUCAUUCAUAGGCAUGAAAGGUGCACAUGUUUGUGCACCUUCUGUUGUGACAUUUUAAUCUCACAUAUGCCCACUUUGCUCUUCACAUGAGCAACUGUGUUUCUGGCAGAAAAUGCCUGAGAAAAUAAGAUUUUUUUUCUUUUUAUUGAUGUGCAUAAUAUCAUUUCUGCCCUGUGUAGGGUCAAGAGGUGUGGAGGUUGGCAGCUUGUGUGGCUGUCACCCAAUGGUUGUCAUGAAAGCACCUGCAUAAGCUUUGCAAAAUGUGUUACUGUUCUUUGUUUCGUUUUGUAAUCCAAGUACUCUUCCACAGUGCAAUGCAAUUUUCUGCCUGUUGCAUCUUUAAAAUCUGUGGUGACUCACCUGGUGGGUUGAUACAUCAAGGGAGUUGGCAAUAAAGAUGUUUUUGCUGCGA